AUGGCUUCGCAGCGCAAGGCUCAACAACGCCGCCCGCGACCGCAGCGUGCCACCAGCAAUGUCUUCGCCAUGUUUAGCCAAAACCAAAUCCAGGAAUACAAAGAAGCGUUCAAUCUCAUCGAUCAAGACAAUGACGGUUUCAUCGACCAAGACGACCUACGCGAGAUGUACAAGUCACUGGGGAAGGACGUUGACGAGAAACUGCUCGCAGAGAUGGUGAGCCAAGCACCCGGCCCGAUCAACUUCACCUUGUUUCUGACGAUGUUCGGCGAGCGCUUGGCGGGCACCGACUCAGAAGAGGUGAUACGCCGCGCCUUUGAAUGCUUCGACACGGACAAGGUGGGCGUGAUCAACGAGGAUCGGCUACGCGAACUUCUGACGACGAUGGGCGAUCGCUACACGCAUGAGCAGGUUGAUGACCUCUUCCGCGAGGCGCCAAUCAAGGAAGGUCUCUUCAACUACAUCGAAUUCGUGCGGAUGCUGAAGAACGGCUCCAACGAAGCGGACGACAAUGAAAGCUCCUUG